AUGGAGAAGGUUCCAGGUCUUGAAAAAAUAAUGGAAGUGGGUUUUGGUUUUGUAUUGAAGACAGAGUCAAAAAAUAACAUCAGAAUCAUACAACUAAAUGUUGAAGGAUUGUCAAGAGCCAAAGCGGAGAUUAUAGCUCAAACCUUCAAAGAUGCAGACAUUAUCGCGCUUCAAGAAACUCAUGUUCCAGAUGAUAAAACGAACCGAUUGAAAGUUAACGGUUUUCAACUGAUAAAUUUCUCAGGACAUCCCAAACAUGGUAUAGCCACGUACGUAAACCAUAAAUGGCCCCCUAGACUCGUCAAAUGUGUAGAAGGAAACGAGCAUUCAAUUGGAAUACAAAUAGGUGACCUCUCAGUAUUUAACGUAUACAAGCCUCCGUCCGAAAGUUGGACAACUCAGGUUCUUCCAGUAAGUUACCAUCCAUCAAUUUUUAUAGGCGACUUUAACUCGCACAGUACGGAUUGGGGUUACAGUCAUACUGAUGAAAACGGUGAGAAACUCUCAAACUGGGAAUCUAUAAACCAUAUGUACCUCAAAUUCGAUGCUAAACAAGGAGGAACCUUUAUAUCAGGAAGAUGGAGUACUUCUACCUCUCCGGACCUAUGUUUCGUCUCAAUGGGCCCAACAGGACUGCCUCUUAGUGUAAAUCGUAGAAUAGGGAAACAAUUUCCCAAAAGCCAACACAAAACGGUAGCCAUAGAUGUUGGGAUUAAUCUUCCCAGAGUAAACAACCCAGAAUUACAGAGAUGGAAUAUACGGAAGACAAACUGGAGUGCCUAUUCAAAAUAUAUUGAGGACAAUAUAAACCGUAUUGAACCUCUUCCUGAAAAUUAUUACCGAUUCGUGAAAUUAAUUAAAUCAGCCGCGUGUAAAUCCAUACCUAGAAGCCACAGGAAAAAUUAUAUUCCGUGUUGGAAUAAAGAAUGCGAAGACCUCCUAAAAGAAUACGAAGUAGAUGGAAGCGAAGUUUCAGCAAAUCGUCUUGUGAGAUUACUCGAUGAAGAACGUAGAAAGAGAUGGCACACAGCAAUGCAAGAUUUAGACUUCGCCCAUUCAAGUAGAGAAAGCUGGGCACUACUAAGGAAACUAGGUGCCGCUCAACCAGCGCAUAAAGAAAACUGUGUCAGAGCCAACGCUGUCUCGAGCGCCCUCUUUAAAGUCUCUAACAUAAAACCGUCAAAAAAAGAAAAAAAUCAAGAUCAAAAAACUCUAUAA